AUGAGCCUACUUAGAAUUGCUCCUUCGACUCAUAGUUGUGUUUCUUCUCGACUAUUGAAGCUUAGCAUCUUUCUACUACUUAGCCUUCCUGACUCAAAAGGAAAAGCCAUUUGGACAGCCUAUCUGAAUAUAACGUUUCAAGUGGGAAAUCGGAUUAUAUCAGAAUUAGGAGAGAGUGGAGUGUUCGGGAAUCAUUCUCCUCUGGAAAGGGUGUCUGGUGUGGUGGUACUCCCUGAAGGAUGGAAUCAGAACGCUUGUAAUCCUAUGACCAAUUUCAUCAGGCCCGAACAGGCAGACUCUUGGUUGGCUCUCAUUGAACGAGGAGGCUGUACUUUUACACACAAAAUCAAUGUGGCGGCAGAGAAGGGAGCAAAUGGGGUGAUCAUCUAUAACUAUCCAGGUACGGGUAACAAAGUAUUUCCCAUGUCUCACCAGGGAACGGAAAAUAUCGUCGCAGUAAUGAUAGGCAACUUGAAAGGCAUGGAACUUUUGCACUUGAUUAAGAAAGGAGUCUAUGUGACAAUCGUCAUUGAAGUGGGGAGAAUGCACAUACCAUGGAUAAACCAUUAUGUCAUGUCCCUGUUUACCUUCCUGGCUGCUACAGUUGUCUACCUUUUUCUGUACUGUGCCUGGAGAGCUAGAGUGCCCAAUUCUUCCAGCAGCAGGCGAAGACAGAUAAAAGCAGACGUGAAGAAAGCUAUUGGUCAACUUCAACUGCGGGUGCUCAAAGAAGGGGAUAAGGAACUAGAUCCAAAUGGAGACAGUUGUGUUGUUUGCUUCGACAUAUACAAACCCCAAGAUGUAGUACGUAUUUUAACUUGCAAACAUUUUUUCCAUAAGGCAUGCAUUGACCCCUGGCUUUUAGCCCAUAGAACAUGCCCCAUGUGCAAGUGCGACAUUCUGAAAACUUAA